AUGGCUAAUCAUCUUCUUGCCAUACGGAAGCCUAGCCAUACAAACCACCCUCCUCGCGUUGGCAAGAACUGGGUGUCAAAUCUAGUGGCACGCCGUCCAGAGCUCCAAUGCCGCUUCUCAAGACGCUAUAACCAUGAUCGGGCCAAGUGUGAAGACCGCAGGAUUGUGGAGGAUUGGUUUAAGACCCUAGAGAGGGUAAUGACUGAGCAUGGGAUUGUGUUUGAAGAUAUUUACAACUUUGAUGAAGCUGGGUUUGCAAUGGGGCUCUGUGCAACUACCAAGGUCAUUACUAGUGCUGAGCACUACGGACGAGCAACUCUUAUACAGCCUGGGAAUCGUGAGUGGGUGACUGCAAUUGAGUCAGUCAACGCGUCAGGAUGGGCCCCUCCGCCGUAUAUUAUCCUCAAAGGUCACAAUAUUCAGGAAGGCUGGUUUGACGGGCUGCCGGAAGGCUGGAGAUUGGAUGUUAGUCCUAAUGGCUGGACCACAGAUGAGAUAGGAAUCAAAUGGCUUACACGGCUGUUUAUUCCAGCUGCAAAUCCACGCAGGGUUGGAACCCAUAUUCUUCUUAUUCUGGACGGGCACGGCAGUCAUCUUACUCCGGAAUUUGACCAAAUCUGCAGUGAGAAUAAGAUUAUUCCUCUCUGCAUGCCACCACAUUCUUCACACCUUUUGCAGCCACUAGAUGUGGGUGUUUUUGCACCUUUAAAGCGCGCGUACGGAACCCUAGUUGAACAGCGAAUGCGGCUAGGAUUCAACAUCAUUAAGAAGGCAGAUUUCCUAGAUGCCUAUCCUGCAGCACGUCGGGAAGCCUUCAAGGCUUCAAACAUUCAAAGUGGGUUCAGGGCCACUGGAAUAGUUCCAUUGGAUCCUCAAGGCGUUGUUCAGCAGCUGAAUAUUCAACUCCGAACCCCUACUCCCCCAGCCAGCAGGUCAAGCAAUUCAACGUCAUCCUGGAUCCUACAAACACCUAGUAACCCCCGGCAAUUGCAGAAGCAGGUGAAUAAGGUCAGAAAUCUUAUGGAUCAGGAUCAACCUCAUGGGUUAGUGGAAGGCUUUGACCAAAUAAUCAAGGCCUGCGAAUACGGGAUGGUCAGCGCCAUGGUUAUGAAGAAGCAGUAUGAGGAUAUUUUCAAUGCAAAUGAGAAAGAGAAGCAAAAACGCAAGAGGGUCCCCCAAUCCUUCCCCCCUAUUACUGAGCAAGAAUCCGGCUCAGAAGCGGAGGGUGAUCAAACUGAAUACGCGAUGGCAGAGGAAGAUAUGACAACCUCUGGCUCCGCACGCGAUACUGGCAAGAUGCCAGAACGCGAGGAAUCCGAGGAUGGCACGCCCAGUCCUAUGCCGAUACCUACGCCGAAUCCUAACGGCAUGGUGACCAUGGCAGCAGCAGAUCUCAUUGCACUCUGCGAGCGACUGAUAUCAGCACGCGCGCCGCCACCUCCUCCACCUCCGAACCCUAUACCAGAAGAAGAUCCGAACAUGCUGGCUCGCGAAUACCAGAAGGAAGCGCAGGCCUCGUUGAACACAAAGUCCGUCACCACGUUCGAUGGCACCAACUACCAGACGUGGAAGAUGGCGUUCUUGUCGGAUGCAGAAGUGAUCGGUGGUGCAGAUAUUCUUAAUAAGAACCAACAGGAACCACCUGAAGGUUUAUCAUCGCUCGAUCAGCGAUAUUGGGUGAUACGUUCAAAACUUCUCUUCCGUCGCAUGUUGCAAUCCCUAGUAGGUUCUGUCCGUUUGACCAUGGGAUCCAUUCAACCCGACAACGCGGCGGCCCUAUGGAACAAGGACGGUGAUUACCUGGCGUACGUACGCCGAUAUCAAUACCUGUCUGCUCGCAUGCGACAACUAACGGAGGACCGUGGUGAGAACUACCUCCAUGAUUUCUUUAUUAUCGGCCUCCGAGAUUAUCAGAGGACCUAUGUUAAAUCACGCCUCGAUACGUUCUACGGGACGGGUCAGGGUCCGAUUGUCAACCUAGAUAUCAACGAUCUCACAAAACAAAUUGCUCACCGGAUGAGUAAAUCAGAGGGUACUGGACGCCCUAAAGCUCCAAAGGCCAACGCGGCCACCAAUGAUAAUGACAACACAACUUCCGCCGCAACCGCAAAGUGCGGAUACUGCAAGGUCCCAGGGCAUAUAAAGGCUAAUUGCUAUCAUCUGAACCCUGACAAAGCACCCGAGUGGUGGAGGAAAGAGAAUAAGGAUAAUAAGGGCACUGACAACACUGAAGGUGCCAAAAAGAAGGGAAAGGAUAAGAAGAAGGACAAGGAUGACGACAAACCUACUGGCACCAGAGCGCCAGAUCUCCUUGCAUCGCAACCUAAUGCCAACGCAGCAAUUGCUUUAUCUACGUCGUCCGCUACAACAUCCAAACCUUGGUAUCUCGACACCUGCGCAAGCUUCAAUAUGACGGGUGAAAGGCACUCGUUGGUGCGCGCAAAGUCGUUCGAAGGUGAUUUAGAAAUUACUACCGCGGACGGUGGCGUAGGACGGGUUGAGGAGAUAGGUGAUAUCCUUCUAGAAUCAGAAGGGGGGGAUAUCUCAGUGGGUUACGUCCACUGGAUCCCCAAUCUAACAGUCAACCUUCUAUCCUUUGCGAAGCUAGAAGAUCAAGGCUUCAGAUACCAACUAUCAGAUACCACCCCUUCCUAUUUUACAAUAAGGGCCCCGAACGGUGCCAACUUCACCGCUGUUCGCACGUCCAAAGAAUCGGUCUACAAGAUAAUAGAACGAGAAUCUCAAAUAGACGUCCAUCACCCGUCCCAGGCCGUCCAUUUUAUGGCCAAAUCUUACAAUUACGGGGACGCAAUGUCGACAAUCGCGGGGAAACCUAACGAUCAACCUAGCGAUCGCAACCCCCUGACAAGAACACUCAUGGAAUGGCACGUCACACUAGGGCAUAUCCACGCUGGCGCGAUCAUUGCACUAGCGAAGGACCCAUCAUCCGGCAUCCGCAUCAUCAACCAUCCCACAGUUUCGGCAUAUCUAUCAUGUGGUUAG